CCAAAGGACCGAGGAGCACAAUAUUGUCGAAACUGAGGGAAAGAAAUCAUAUCAUUAAGAGUAUGAAUACCUAACAUCAUUAAUGGCAAUUUAUGUUGAAAAAAACACCACGAAGAACUAAAGAAAAAAAAUGAUACGUUCUAAAAACUUACACCUUGAGUUGAUGCAGGACAUAGUGACCAUCGUAUAUUUCCAUAAUUCACGCUUGAUUGCACACGGGAAAGUCCCUCUCGUUCCACGUUUCACCUGUCUGCCUGUGCACUGUACGUGCACUGUGCAUCAUUCACAUCACUGACAUUUGUACAUACUAAACGUUUAGUCGCCCUCGAUCAAAAGUACGAAAAAUGGGGAGAACGAAACCUUUUGGAAUAAUUUGGAUUAUCAUUUUAGCUCUUAGUUCUUGGGCAGCUGCUCAGACUGCUUUCAAACCAGAAUGUGCAGCAUGGGAUCAGAUGAUUCGAUCGAUCAGCAGGAAUGUCAGGAAGAUACCCACUGCAAGUGCUACAUGCACAAGGUCCAAAGACUGUACAAGGUUCGCCUGCAAGUUUCUGAUGCUGCGCAAGGAUAUCAUAUUUGACAUCAAGCUCUUCCCGUGUACAACACCUGCACAGAUGAGAUUACUGGUGCUGAGUAAUACCGACAAUGUCUACUUUGAACAGACAGUCAUGAAUGGAAAUACAUACCCAAUUCCAGGUCUUACAUACAACAUUUUUCCUGGCAUGAGACUCCAAAUAUCAGUUCAAGUUCAUUUUAGAAAAUUAGCUGCUGGACUAGAAAUAGGGCUGCGAAUGAAGUUCUCUGGACCUACUCCUCUCAUCACCUUCCAAUAUCCCAUUUUCCCUGAUUUCAUAAUCCCUGUCAGAGAAUGUACAACAGCAGUGAUCCCAGCCCAGGUGCACUGCACGAAAAUGAAUAGUACAGUGACCUCUUUGACCCUCCCUAGAGCUCAUACCUGUGCCAUGGCAACGGGAUGCGGUGGAAUAUCUUGCUCUGGAACCAUAUUCUCUGUGCCUUCAGUCAGAUCAGGAAACAUUCCUUACAAUAUAAGUCUAGUGAUGGAUGGUUGUGAUAGCCCUCUUUCAUACACGGUCGCCAUAUCAACUGCAGUGGGAAGCUGGCAGUAUAAGUUUUUCCGCUCCAAGGAUAUCAUCGUGGAUAUGAUCUUUCCUCAACGAACUGCCUUUGUGAAAAUGGCAAUGAAGCCAGACCUGAACCUCGAGACUAUGACUACUUCCUUUAUAGUGAGAAGCUGCAUAAAUAGGAUGUCAUGUUUUGACAUUGGCUUACUGAAUCAGGUUGCUAUUCCUAUCCCACCAUGCAACUCAGUCGCCCCCACUGGUUCAUCCCCUGCUGCACCGGGGUCAACACCCCAUCAGGAUGAGUGCCUCAUCUGGAGGAACGUAGAAACAGAGCUGAUUCAAUCAGCUGGACCAGGUUAUGGUAUUACGUCAUGUACCACAAUAGAGAAUUGCAGUGGAUACAAUUGCACUGGGGAAUUUGAGGGUCACAACUACACUAUUGUGACUGUACUGAAGCACUGUAGAGACCCAGUUGUUCUUCAUAUGCGUGUUUCUAGCACUACUGAUAGAUUCUUCUGGCAGAAGAGUAUAACCCAUAAUGAAAAUAUUACCGUCGCGGGUAAGAAUCAAGGUUCUUCUGGUAUGCUUGGUUUCCACAUCCACCUGCUGAAGUUAUCACCUAAACAGGUGCUAGUAGGGGUGUUUGCUCAAGUGGGUCUACCGGGUCUCUCGCCCCUCAAUGUACCCCUCAUCCAGGAUCAGAUUAUGCCAGUUAGACAGUGCCCAGGCAUCACCAAUGGAAUCCCUGGACAAGGCGCCAACGGAAGAGGAACAGGAAACAAUGCAGGGGGCGGUCAAGGAGGGGGUAGACCCAGGCGACCUGGAGGGCGCCCUACUAAGAGCCCAGUCCAGAACAUGCGGAUGAGAGCAGGAGCGAGUGUAGGUAUCGGACUGUCAAUAGGUGUUGGCAUUGCAGCGCUGAUGGCUACAGUCAUGAUCUAUGUCUACUACCGACAGUUCCCGACCCAAGAUCGGAUAAUCUUGGUCCACAGGUCGCCAGCACCACCUACCACAACAAGGACUUUAUGAUGAUCUUCAAGGGACUCGUGACAGUGGUGAUAGGAAUCCAGAUGUUUUUAUUAUUUCCUGGCCAGACAAAGAGAAAAGGACCUUUUAUUCUGCAAAUCACCUCUGUGUCAAGGCACAGUUUUUUCAUAGUGAAAUGUAAAACUUAAAGAUGGCCUGUGCAAAUAUUGAAAUAAAAUAUGUCCACUGUGCCUUCUUUUAUUGGCCGGGAAAAUGAGACUUUGUGCAUCUCGCUUUAAUGACAGAGAUGUUUUUCAAAGUAACAGUCAUAACCCUUCUGCUUUUAGUGCAGAAUUGUUUCUACAUUGAAAUUAAUUGAAAUGUGUAAAGAUUGAUCAUUUUGAUUGGAAUCAUUGGUUGUUCCUUGGUUGUUGAUGAUGUACACCGUGUUUAAGCAAAUUAUUUCUUUGUCAGUGCAGAUUUGCUUUUUGUAUUGAAAUGUUUAAGAAUUUUGUAAAGAUUAAAAUGGACAUUCAAAUUUGUGUCAAAAGUGCCUCUGUUGUUUGGGCAAUAGACUUUGUAUACUGGUAAAUAAUUCUCUUCUGAUUUCAUUGCAUUGUUUUUUUUAUAAAUUUGUCAGAAUGUGCAAAGACUGAAAUAAACUAUAAUAAAAGUGCCCUCACUGGUCAAAUAAUA